AUGCGCCUACUCGCCAUCGUGAUCCUCCUGUUCUCCGCCACGGCGGCCACGGACGACGACGAGGAUGACAUCGUCGACCUGUACGCAAAGGACGACGCCGUCGUGCACAUGGACCACACCAACUUCGACAGCCUGCUCUGGUGCGGCCACUGCCUGUACGCGCCCACCUGGCACCGCGUGGCCCAGCAGACGGCCAAAUGGGACCGCGUGGUGAAAGUAGGAGCCAUCAACUGCGCGCGUUCUGAGAACCUGGCCCUCUGUCGGAACUUCGAUAUCGGAGGCUACCCCUGGAUCAAAAUGUUUAAGCCUCUAGCGAAGGAAGGUGAUAUUGGCAAGAUGAAGAAGCACAAACCCCUGGAGGAGAUGCUGGACGUGAUCGUUGACUAUGUGACUGAAGUGCAAAGUGCUAGUCAUCCUCCGCUCUGGCCCAACCUGGCGCCUUUCCAGGGCUCACUCUCGGACAUCAUCGGCUCGCCGCAGCCAGUGCACCUGAUCCUCGACCUGAGCAGCCAGGAGCAGCGGCUAAAGCUGGUGCGCGUGCUUCAGCCGCCAGCUGGCUUGACGCUGAAAGAGACGGCGCGCCCUCUGCUGGUGCCGGCCAACGGCACCGUGUCCACCGCCGACCCGGUGGGUCGGCCGGCGCCGCUCGCCGCCGACGACGGCGUCUUCAUGGUCGACCUGGAGAACACCGUCGGCUACGCGCUGCAGCAUGAGGUUGUGGGCCGCAAGCUGAUCGCCGGCGAGCAGUUGGCGGCGUUACGCGAGUUCGUGCAGCUGCUGGUGACGCACCUGCCCGGCCGGCGGUCGGUGAUGCAGGCUCUGACGGGCGUCAGCGCCCUGCUGAAGGGCCGCCAGCAGAUCAGCGGCGAGGACCUGCAGCAACAUUUGGACCCGGCCGGCGCCGCCAGCGUACUGCCCGCCAUACACGGCUACGUCAAGCACUUCUUCAGCUGCGCUCACUGCUCCAGGGCCGUCUGGCUGUGGACGGCGCACAACAAGGUCAACAAGCGACUGGCCGGCGACGCCACCGAAGACCCUCGCCACCCGAAGUUGCAGUUCCCGACCAGGAAGCAGUGCCAGGCCUGCUUCAGCGGCGACGAGUACUAUCCGGCCAUCGUGCUCUCCUUCCUCGGCAGCUUCUACGGCCAGGACGUGAUCCAGCUGGACGGGCUGUCGACGAACGCGCCGGUGGCGGCGUCGGCGUCGGCGGACGCCGCGGCAGCACGGCCGCCGGACGCCGUCGUGGAGGAGAAGAGCCGGAACCGAGUGGAGGCGGUGGCCCGCCGCGUGCAUCAGAGUCGGCUGGCGGGCCUGCGCAUCGUGCCGGCGCCACCCGGCCAGAUCACCAGCGGCGACGUCAACCUCUGUGUCAUGCUCUGGACCUUCAGCUUCCUUACACUUGUCCUUGCCUUCUUCCUGUUUAGGAUGAAGAGGCGGUACAAGCGCAAAUAUUCCAACGCCUACGGGCCGUUUUCGUAACGCAGCCGGUUAGGAGUUUGUUUUUGUGUGGAGCAGGUGUAUUUAAUAGGGUAAUGACUCGACCAGAGUGGGGCGUGGUCUUACCUGAUGACCAGAUGCCAUAAAAGGUGUUAUGCUUGCGUGGGUUGGUGCUCCGUUUCCAUCUAUUUUUAUACUGUUGGUGCGAACGCCUCCCAACGAUCGCCUUUCAUUGCCAGUCAGACGUCUGGGUGGCAUCCAAACACUCUGUGGGUGGAGCGCGCCCCGCCCACACCAUCCGUCGACACAGAGCCACGCCUCCCACAGUCCUGCACCGUCCGCCCCUACCCGGCCUGGCUGCGGACCAGGCCAGUCCUGUCGGAGUGCUAUCUAGCUCGCCAAGGUCGGUCCCAUACUGGGUGCUGCUGGACUUGUGUUAGUGCUCGGAAGACUCGCGUUCACGGCAUGUUUUGGUGGCAGUGGCUGUGAGGCAGCUAUGCUCGGUGCAAGGCCGACCGGGCAGAUGGCAACAUGCACAUUCCGUCAGAUCUGAGCGGCUGACCCUGCUGAUCUAAGCCAGAUUGCGUGUGGCAAUUAUUUGUGGUGAGUUUCUGUCUAAACAACUCAUUUCGCCCGUGUGUGUAGUUAUGCACAGGCCAGGCAUUAUCAAAUAUUGUUGAGGAGGCGUUGCUGUUCGUAAAUUUUCUAUUUUGCAAGCAUUGAGGUGGUUGGCUGGAUGAAUUGUGAUGAACCAGAAAGACUUCACCUUGCUGUACUGCCGUUGUUGGUAGAUUAUGGAUUGCUGCGUUGGGAGGUGCAGCCGAGGGUAUUCUGUUUUGCCCUGGGCUGCUCCCAGGUCCUUGAUGCAGCUCUGGAUUGUCUCUGUUAUAAGUACAGGUAAAGUUUGUGAUAUUAAAUGAUCGGUGUUGGACUUCGUUGGAUAGUUUUAUUGUGCGGCUUGGAGGACGAGCUGUGCAUACAUUUUCUGUCGGUGGUUUUAUCUUUUGGGGCACACGUCAGUUGUUUCCUAUGGCGCUAUCCUAAUAAAUGAAUUGCCGUGACCUGA